CUGCGUCAGUGCGCCGAUUUUAGGCCUAGCACUCGGUCGUGUCGUCCCUCCUUCGUCGGUGCGGUGGGCCUCCCCUUCUUUUUUUUUUUUAACCCCGUCGGAUUGUCCCGCGUUCCACAUCGUUUUCGUUCGGCGCCGGGAGGAAGGAAGGAUCCGGUUCUUCGGUGACUCGGGCCCGCGAUCCUUUCUACCCGUGGAUAACAACUGCUGCAACGUCCUCGCCGAUUCGUUCGAGGUGCAACGACACGGCCUUUCUAAUGGUGUGAAUGGUGCCGCAGCGAGCCCUAGCAGCGAACCAGUGUGCCGCCGUCGACGGUGCCGCGGGACCCCUUCGUCGCGUUUGGUCUCCAACGUGCCUGCGUGAGGCAUCGUCGCGUCUAGUGAGCACUAGGCGACGUGGUCCAUCGGAUAUGUGAUUGCGCGGCAACUCCGCGACCUCGGCUUGCCGGGGGUCAGCCUUUGCUACAGCCUGCAACGUCUGCUGUUCGAGACAACCCAAGUCGUGUUUUUUUUUCUUCACCGCUCCGCUCGGAGGGAACAGUAGCGAGUUCGGCGGCGGUUGCUGCUGCUGCGGUCAAACAUGGCGGACGCAGACCCCGAAACUCUGCUCGAGUGGCUCAACAUGGGCCAAGGCGACGAGCGGGACAUGCAGCUCAUCGCGCUCGAGCAGCUCUGCAUGCUGCUGCUCAUGUCGGACAACGUGGACCGCUGCUUCGAAAGCUGCCCACCCCGCACUUUCCUACCGGCGUUGUGCCGCAUAUUUCUCGACGAGGGUGCACCCGACAAUGUGCUCGAAGUGACGGCCCGAGCCAUCACCUACUACCUGGACGUGUCGGCCGAGUGCACACGCCGCAUCGUGGCCGUCGAUGGCGCCGUCAAGGCCAUGUGCAACCGCCUCGUGGUUGCCGACGUGUCCUCUCGCACCAGCAAGGACCUUGCUGAGCAGUGCGUCAAGGUGCUGGAGCUGAUCUGCACUCGGGAGGCCGGUGCAGUCUUUGAAGCGGGCGGCCUGCAGUGCGUGCUGUCCUUCAUCCGGGACAAGGGCUCCCUCGUUCACAAGGACACCCUGCACUCGGCCAUGGCUGUGGUGUCCAGGCUCUGCGGCAAGGUGGACACCAGCGAUGCCUGUCUUCCGGCCUGCGUGGAGGCCCUCUCCCUUCUGCUUCGGCACGAGGACACACACGUGUCGGACGGUGCCCUCCGGUGCUUUGCCUCCCUGGCGGACCGGUUCAUGCGGCGGUCCUUGGACCCGGCACCUCUGGCGGAGCACGGCCUGGUGCAGCAACUCUUGGGGCGCAUGGCUCACGCUGCAGCGCCGGCGUCCUCGCUGCUGGCACCUCCGUCUGGCGGCGGCACGCAGAGUGGCGGCACGCCGGCACCAGCUGCCACACCAGCUGAGCCAAAAUCUUCACCGACAGUGUCCACCAUCAUCAGCCUGCUGUCUACACUGUGCAGGGGUUCACCAGCCAUCACGCACAGCCUGCUGCUGUCAGAGCUGCCCGAUGCCAUAGAGUCUGCCCUUCAAGGAGAUGAACGGUGCGUUCUGGACACAAUGCGCCUGGUGGACCUUCUCCUCGUGCUACUGUUUGAAGGUCGCAAGGCACUUCCCAAGGCCGGCGUGGCCUCGGUCUCCACCCGACUGAGCUCCCUCCGCCGGGUGGACAGUGCGGGGGGCGAGCGCACCCACCGGCAGCUCAUCGACUGCAUACGCAGCAAGGACACGGACGCACUCGUAGACGCCAUCGACUCGGGCGGCAUCGAGGUGAACUUCAUGGACGACGUGGGCCAGACGCUGCUGAACUGGGCCUCUGCCUUCGGGACCCAGGAGAUGGUGGAGUUCCUUUGCGACAGGGGCGCUGAUGUCAACAAGGGCCAGCGCUCCUCUUCCCUCCACUAUGCCGCCUGCUUUGGUCGCCCUGGUGUGGCCAAGGUUCUUCUUCGGCACGGUGCCAACCCCGACCUGCGCGACGAGGACGGGAAGACGCCCCUGGACAAGGCACGCGAGAGGAACGAUGAGGGGCACCGGGAAGUGGCUGCCAUCCUGCAGUCUCCCGGCGAGUGGAUGUGCCCAGUGGGGGAGUCACCUGGAGAGAAGAGGUCGUGCGGGGGAGGUGCUUCGUCGUCUGGGGCCGGCGGGGCCACGCCUGGCGAGCCAGAGGACGACGGCGAGCCCAAGGGGGACCCCGAGAUGGCGCCCGUCUACCUGCGGCGUCUCCUGCCCGUAUUCUGCCUCACCUUCCAGCACACACUCAUCCGCUCAGUCAGGAAGUCCAGCCUGAACCUGAUCAGGAAGAUGCUGCACUACAUCCAGCCCUCUCUGCUCAAUGACAUGGGCAACACAGAGAAGGGCGUACCAAACUUUGCAUCACUCGUCGUCGAGGUUCUCGCCAGCGUCCUCGAUUCUGAGGAGGACGAGGACAGCCUGCUGAUCUGCCUGCAGAUGAUCCAGGAGGUGAUGACCAAGGCCCCCACCAUCUUCCUGGAGCACUUUGCUCGCCUGGGGGUCUUCUCCAAGGUGCAGGCACUGGCCGGAGGAGGGGCCGCUUUGUCGACUGAGCACUCCUCCGACGAGGCAACACCGUCCUCCACAGUGCGGGGCGCCCGUGAGGAAGUGGCCUUGGAGCAGCCGGCCAGCACGGCCCAGGAGGAGGAACCUCAGCCACAGGCCCAGCAGCCAGCGCCCCAGGAAGACGCACGCGAGAUCGUGGCGGGCCGACCGUACCACUGGCGUGACUGGAGCCUGGUGCGGGGACGCGACUGCCUCUACCUGUGGAGUGAGGCGGCCGCGCUGGAGCUCUCCCACGGCUCCAACGGCUGGUUCCGCUUCAUCCUCGACGGAAAGCUGGCCACCAUGUACUCGAGCGGCAGCCCCGAGGGAGGCUCCGACUCCUCAGAGAACCGGGGGGAGUUCCUCGAGAAGCUCCAGAGAGCACGCACCCUGGUGAAGCCACACACCCCGAGUCAGCCCCUGCUGUCGAGUCCCAGUGCCCUGCGGCUCGUAGUGGGCAACUGGUCCCUGUCGUGCCGGCGGGAGGGUGAGCUCGCCAUCCACAACUCGGACGGGCAGCAGCAGGCCACCCUGCUGCGCGAGGACCUGCCCGGCUUCAUCUUCGAGUCCAACCGCGGCACCCGGCACUCCUUCACGGCCGAGACCUCCCUGGGGCCCGAGUUCGCUGCGGGUUGGGCGGGCCGCCGCGGAAGGCGCCUUCGCUCCAAGAUGGAGGCGCUGAAGCAGAAGGUGCGUGUGCAGGCGCGGGACAUCUACAAUGCACACUUCCGGAGUGCCCAAGCGCAGCCCCGGGUGGUGGUGACGAGGUUGUGCAAGAUUGUGGACCAGAUCGACCGUGCCUGCCAGAAGCAGCUCUCCAGCUGGCAGGAGCCGCACUCGGACUGGGGCCGUCAGCUGAGGCUGGCCCUCCAGGAACUGGUGCAGCUCCUGCAGGACGAUAGGGCCGUGUCUGCCUAUGAGCUGCACAGCAGUGGGCUGGUUCAGGCGCUGCUACGCCUGCUCGGAAAGAGUGGCCUGGAAGGGAGCAAUGGCCACCUGGCUUGGAGAGCCAAUCGCCUGCUCAAGGACAGGGUGCACAUCUUCAAGAACUGCUUCCACGACAAGCCUUACGGCAACGAAAGCCGUUCCCCAUUUGUGACCCUGCUGCGUAAACUAGUCAUGGUGCUGGAGUCGAUAGAGAAACUGCCAGUCUACCUGUACGACACACCUGGCUCCGGCUAUGGCCUCCAGGUGCUGACGCGACGGCUUCGGUUCCGCCUGGAGCGAGCACCGGCUGAGACGUCUCUGAUUGACAGAACAGGACGGGGCCUGAAGAUGGAACCGCUGACCACGGUCGGCCAACUCGAGAAAUAUCUGGUCAAAAUGGUGGCAAAGCAGUGGUACGACUAUGACCGCUCAACAUUCAACUUUGUCAAGCGCCUCAAGGAACCUGGGGCACGCUUCGUGUUCAACCAUGUGCGGGACUUUGAUGAGAACGGUCUCAUCUACUGGAUUGGAACCAACGGGAAGACAUCGUCCGAGUGGGUGAACCCAGCCCAGGUGGGUCUCGUGGUGGUGUCCUCAUCGGAAGGGCGUAACUUGCCUUACGGCCACCUGGAGGACAUUCUCAGCAGGGACCCCUCGGCCCUCAACUGCCACACCAAUGAUGACAAGCGUGCCUGGUUUUCGAUAGAUCUGGGUGUCUGGAUCAUCCCCAACUGCUACACCUUGAGGCAUGCCAGGGGCUACGGCAGGUCGGCGCUGCGCAACUGGCUGUUCCAGGUGUCCAAGGAUGGCUCGACGUGGACGACUCUGUGGAGCCACACGGACGACUGCUCCCUGAACGAGCCGGGCUCGACUGCUUCGUGGGCCCUGCCUGGCACGGCCGAGGAGACCCAGGGGUGGCGCCACGUGCGCCUCCAGCAGACGGGCAAGAACGCCUCCGGGCAAACCCACUACCUGUCCCUGUCUGGCUUUGAGAUCUACGGCACAGUGACGGGCAUCUGUGAUGACCUUGGCAAAGCAGCCAAGGAGGCGGAGGCAAACGUGCGCCGUCAGCGCCGACAGAUCAAGCAGAUGCUGAAGCUGAUGGUGAGCGGGGCUCGAGUGGUGCGGGGUCCCGACUGGAAAUGGCGCGACCAAGAUGGCAACCCUGCUGGCGAGGGCACCGUCACUGGAGAGCUGCACAAUGGCUGGAUUGACGUCACUUGGGACCACGGUGGCUCCAACUCGUACCGCAUGGGUGCCGAGGGCAAGUAUGACCUGCGGCUAGCGCCCGGUUACGAUCCAGACACGGCUGCAGCCUCACGCGCAUCCUCAGCUUCGGGCAGGCCAGCCAAGACGGUCACCACAGACAGCGCGGCUGCCCGUGGGAGCGUGCCUGUCGCAGGAUGCUGCCUGACAAGCCGCAAGAGCUCAUCGGCUUCUAGUCUAGUCCCAGAUUCUUCCGCAGCUCCACAGACGAUGGAGCAGCAGACUGCAGUGUCGGCUGAAAACCUGACCACAGUCAAGGCGGCUGCAGAGGCCAUGGCUGAGAACAUGCUUAUUCGCGCGCGGGCUGAAGCUGCACUGGCCACAACGGGUUCGGAACAAGACAUUCCCGAGCUACCGCUUGUGCCAUCCACUGCCAGUCAGCCAAGAGUGCUUCAGGCACCGCUCAACAGCCUGUCGCCAACGAUGGAAGACCCUGAGACGGAGGACUUGACGGCUCAGCCACCUGCUUCGACGGCUGCCGUCACAUCAACUGCGACAUCAACUGGCCAUAGCAUCAAGACGAGUGGCCGCCACCGGGACAGCGCUCUGUUGCACCACACUCGUGCUGCUCCGUCUUCGGGAGGCGGCACCGGCUCCGAGGCCAGCCGCACGGGCUCCUCCAACAGCAUGAGCGUGUCGGUGCCAAACCUGUCGCUGACACUGGGCCAUACCAACGAGUCCGUGGCCGGCCUGCUCGAGACGUUCGCAGCCGUGCGGCGCGCGGGCAGCAGCAACGCUGGAGGCGGUGCCUCCUCGGCGGGCAAUGCGGCUGGGUCGCUGCUUCCGCCGGCGGUGAGCGCGGCGGUGGCCAGCGGAGGAGGGUCACUCUUCUCGCGUGGCUCGAACAACGUCAGCUCGCUUGUCCGCUUGGCACUCUCCUCCAACUUUCCAGAGGUGCUCGCCGACCUGCUUGGCGACAUAGCUGUUGGCAAUGAGGCGUCCUCCCAGCUCGGCAAUCAUCUGCCUGCUGGUGGCUUCCUGAGCACGGCGCAGAGCUAUCCGAGCCUGACCAGCACCACCACCACAGCGGGUGGCACAGUGGCGGGUGGUGCCGGUGGCGGCGGUGGCUUGACCGUCAGCCUGACCUCCAUGUCAAGCGAGAGCGAGCAGGACUUCCUGGAGACCUGUCGGGCCACGACACUCAUGGCCGACCUGGAGGACGACGACGAUUUGCCCGAUGACGACGACAAUGAGGACGACGAUGACAAUGAGGAUGACGAUGACUAUGAGGAUGUUGUGGAGGAAGAUGGCAUGGAGCUGCGCAGCGGCAAGCGCCGCAGCUGGGACGACGAGUUUGUGCUGAAGCGGCAGUUCUCGGCACUGAUCCCGGCGUUCGACCCUCGCCCGGGCCGCACCAACGUGAACCAGACCUCGGACCUUGAGAUUCCUCCGCCAGGUCGGUCCCCGCCGUCUUCCUCUGUCUUGUCUCUCUCACCCGUGCAGUCGCGCCGCAAGGUGCGGAACUGCGGAGGCACCGUUGUUGUGUCGUCUGCAGUAUUGUCGUCUGCCGCGAGCGGUCGUAGGCUGCCCCACCUACAGCAGCAGCAACAGCAGCACUCCCAUCCACACCAUCACCACCAGCGGCAUCAUCCGCAGGGACGAGAUUCGCCGCGCGGCACGGACGAAACAAACGCCGAGGAAGUCCGGGAAUCGACGCUUCAGCCACGUUUGCAGCUCACCCUCAAGGGACCCAACCUUCCUGGGGUUCCAGACCUGGAGGUGGACUUGGUGGACCCUGAGUGGACCAUCUUCCGCGCAGUGCAGCACUUGGUCCAGGUGUCCGAGAUGGGCUCCAAGCAGGACAAGAUCCGCCGCAUCUGGGAGCCCAUGUACAUAAUUGUCUACAAGGCGGCAAAAGAAGACUCAUCACCAUCAAAAGAGGAGCUUCCCCGGCCAGUGCCCGUGGUGCGGCCUGCAUCAAGCUGCAAGAGCAGCUCGCGGGAGGGCGGCCUGUCCGCUUACUGCCCAGGCACAGGGUCCGCCCUGGAGGACGGCGGCUGCACUGUCGACGAUGUGCUCCAGCUGCUCCGUCUGCUGAGCACGCACCGCAGCCGUGCUAACCACGGAUCUAUUGGCAUUGAGGAUAUCCUAAGCACAGUGACCAUGGAGGAUUUCCUCAGCAAGAAGAUCACCAACAAGCUGGUGCAGCAGAUCCAGGAUCCCCUGGUGCUGUCAUCUGGUGCUCAGCCAGACUGGUGCGAGCACUUGACCUACAAUUGUCCCAUGCUGUUCCCGUUCGAGACACGCCAGCUUUACUUCUCUUGUACAGCAUUUGGAGCAUCGCGGUCGAUAGUGUGGCUUCAGAAUCAGCGCGAUGCCAGCGCGGAGCGCCACCGUGGGCCUUCUCCACGUCGAGAGGACCCCCACGAGUUCCGGGUGGGCCGCCUGAAGCACGAACGAGUGAAGGUGCCCCGUGGGGACAAGCUGCUCGACUGGGCCAUGCAAGUGAUGCGACUGCACGCUCCACGCAAGACCGUGCUCGAGGUUGAGUUCCAGAAUGAAGAGGGCACAGGCCUGGGACCCACCCUGGAGUUCUAUGCCCUGGUGGCCGAGGAGCUUCAACGACGUGACCUGGGCAUGUGGCUGUGCGAGGACAUACCCACUACCAAUGACAAAAAGCCCGUGGCGGCAUCCUCCGACUCUCGCACCACCACCACCACUGAGCUGGGCGGGGAGAGCUCCAAGCCGCCGGGCUACUACAUCCACACGGCGUACGGCCUGUUCCCGGCGCCCCUGCCCCAGGGCAGCCCCUGCACGGGCCGCGUCUGUGCUUCAUUCCACUUCCUGGGCAUCUUCCUGGCUAAGGCCCUGCAGGACGGCCGCCUGGUCGACCUGCCCCUCUCGCGGCCCUUCCUGCGCCUGCUCUGCCAGGGGCCCUCCAGCUCGCCCCUGGUGGCCCAGUCGGCCACGGGAUUCCAAUCGCAAGUGCACCACGGCGGCCUGCCCAGUGCCGGCCACAUUGCGAGUGGGUCAGUGGCUUCGGGUCGCCAGACUGCCACUGCUAGGGAGCAGUCCAUCAACCAGAUGAAUUCGCUGAUGACCCGUGAGGAACUGGGCGGAGGAGGUGGCUGCAUGGCUGAGUCAGUGGCACCAGUUAGGAAGUCCUCUCUACAACAACAGCAGCAGCAGCAACAGCAGCAGCAACAACAGCAUGCCUGGUUUAGCGGCAUCCUCACCCACGAGGACUUCAUGGAGGUGAAUCCGCACCAGGCACGGUUCCUCCAGCAGCUGCGUGAGCUGUCGGCGCAGAAGCAGCACAUUCUCGGGGACAACUCCCUGAGCCAGGAGGACAAGCUGCGACAGCUGCACAACCUGGCCUUCCCCACUCACGACGGCACGGGCAUGUCAACACGCGUCGAGGAUCUCGGGCUGACGUUCCAGUUCUGCCCUUCAUCCAAGGUGUACGGUUUUGACGCCGUAGACCUGAAGCCCGGAGGGGAGCAGGAUGAGGUGACUCUCGACAACAUUGAGGAGUACACCGAGCUCCUUGCCGACUUCUGCCUGCACACAGGCAUCCGCCGGCAGAUGGAGGCCUUCCGUGCUGGCUUUUGUAAGGUGUUCCCCAUGGAGAAACUGGGGGCAUUCAGCCCUGAAGAAGUUCGGCUGAUGCUGUGCGGAGAGCAGAAUCCGGUCUGGAGCCGUGAGGAUGUGUUGAACUACACUGAGCCAAAGCUGGGUUACACCCGGGACAGCCCUGGUUUCCAGCGUUUCGUCAACGUCCUGGUUGACAUGACGGGGUCCGAGCGUAAAGCGUUUCUGCAAUUCACCACGGGCUGCUCGUCGCUGCCUCCCGGUGGCCUCGCCAACCUGCACCCAAGGCUCACCGUCGUGCGCAAAGUGGACGCCUCGGACGGCUCCUUCCCAUCAGUCAACACGUGCGCCCACUACCUCAAGCUGCCCGACUACACCUCCGAGGCCCUGCUCAGGGAGCGACUGCUCGCUGCCACCCGCGAGAAGGGAUUCCACCUCAACUGAAAUCGUGUGCGUGUGUGUGUGAGAGCCCGAAAAGGGGCUGGCAGUCCACCACCAGAACCUCAUCACCGGGCAUUGGUGCAAGUUUUGGUUCUCCCCCAUCUGGUGCAAGCCACCACUUGAGAGGCCGCCGAAUCCAACUUAAAGCGAAAUUGAAGUGGAAGUCGUCCUUUGUGCGUGCAUGUGGGCAACCCACCGGACGAAGGUUUCUUCCUCGGAAAUUCCUUUAAGCCCGCAUUCAAGCCUUGUUUUUGUGUCAAGAAGGUGGCUUUGUUCCGAGUGGCCGGCUUCAGGUGUCUGCAAGGUGCCCAGGCAAAGGAGCACCGUCUGUUGUGUUUGGAACUGGUGUAAAUCAUCUGCUUCAACUUCAUCUUCUCUAGGACUGGAGAAGCUGGAACAAAACUGUUUUCAUUUCAACGGUUGCAUCUUGCUAUUAAAAAGAAAAGGAGCAAAUUGUCACCUUGCUGGUCACGUUUGAGCAACUGGUCCCGGCUGUGCGUAAACAAGCGUGGCUUAGCUGGCAGGCAACUCAUGUAACGAGAACCACUAGAAUGUGUGCAUUCUCCAGGGCCUGUGUGGGUGGCUUCAAAAUUCUGCAAAAAAAAAAAAAAGAAAAUUGGGUAAGAACAGUUGCACCACUGCUCAUAUUUUCUCUGUCUAUGCUGGAAGCGCAGUACAGGAACCAGAUUGCGCUGUCUGCUGGCGUCUGAGCUGCAGCUAUUGGUGGAUAACGUCAUGCCAUGGUUAGAAUACCUCUGCCCGUAGUACUCUUCGUUUUCUGCCCUCUGUUGAUCCCGGUGCAUUUCUGGUUGCUACAUGACCACCGAGGCAGUGAAACGGCACUUGGCCGGCUGAAGCCCCGUGGCAUUUGCACUUUAGUCUUGCCAAAGACAGUCUGACCUCGAAGCAAAGGCACAGAGUUCUCUCCUUGGCAUGUCGUAACUGCAGCUCGGUAGUUAAAAAUUCGUAGAGUAAGUAGUGAGCUGUCUAUUACAAAUGUGAUCACUCUACUUCCUUGACUGAGCAGAAUGUGUACUGACAGGCUUUGUUAACAAAGUUCACUGGAGUUGGAAUGUAAACUGUGUGUGACCCUGUUUCUUGCAUAGUGAGGCUGUACCAAUUAACAGUACAAGGUUCCUGUCUUGAGUAGACUAGCUUCUCUCCUAUGCUCUUUCAGCUAGAGCGCGGAGGAGCCUGGAAGACUUAGUGUGCGUGGCACAUCUAGUGUUUGCAUAUCGCAGUGCACUAUCUGUACUACAGCUGCCGUGGGUCUGCGAUACCUCGACAAGCUUUUCAGGGCAUUUCGCUCAUCUUUGGCUCGUCACUGGAUCAGUGUGUCUUGCUGGAGCUCUCUUGAAAUCGGCAUCUGGUGUCUUUCGGACUGGUUUGUGGCCCCCUCGAUUGCAGUGAAGCCUGGUAGCAUUCCUUUGCAGAGGUGAGAAGGAGAAAAUGUAUGGAAAGUAGGCAGUCUUGUCUUUUUGCAAACCUUGCCUCACAUGCACUGUCGCCAUUCCUUUUAUUUUUUGCAGCGUUUAAUUUCAUUGCAGCAGUCUGAUGUUUGUUCUGUGUCACUGCCUGGAUUUGCCUUUUCUUCUGUUUCAAGUUCUUCUCUGGUACUGCAUUGGCCUGUUUCAGCGUAGCUGUUGUUAUCUUGACACGACAUGCUUUCUGGAGGAGAAUAGCAGUACUAGCACCGAUGCAAGCAUGCCACGCACAUUUGCUGAAAGACCAGAAGCUUUGCAAGUUUGCACAAGUCGUGCUCCAAUAUAGCGUGACAUGAUCGAGAGAAGGCGUAGAAUGUCCUAACCUUACUCUUGGAAUGAAAGUAACCACAUUUUGUUGUGCUACUUCAGUCCAAGCAUAUUGAUAUUGUCUGGGACAUUGGGUCGACGUAUUACUUAUAGCUGCACUCUUGUCAAGAAAAGCUCUGGGUGCUCGGACUGCACAGGUCAUUUCUGUGCAAGUUGCUCACCAAGAACCUCCCGGUGGCUCGGUCAAUGCAAGUGGCUUUUGUAAGGACCGUAUUGACGAAGUGAACCCCUCUGCAUCACUGAAGCCCCCAUCACAGGAUCGUGGAACCCUGUUUCUUUCAAGAUGGGAUUGUUGCCGCUGGCCAGAACAGCACCAUGCAUUUCAACUGAACCCUGACUCGCAAGAAAUGGUUCUCCAAGAGCUUGAGAAUGCCCAUCUUUUUCUUUUCUGUUUUGUGCUCAUUUCUGAAUGUAGACCGUCGUCUUCAGUCACUUAGGCUACUCGGUGUGACAUAACUUUGUGAAUUGCGCUGUGAGGUCUUGCAGUGGUUGUUUGUGUGGUUGACAGUCUGUUAUUGAACUUGAGGUGUAAUGUAAUCAUUCUUGAUGGGGUUUGCCUGCGUGCUGGCGACCGAUCGGUUUAUUUUCAGUGCAGUGGUACUGAAGUUUUGUUGCAGAUAUUUUUGUGAGCAUUUUGGCAGGCUUUUCUUGCAAGAAAGUUAUUUCAUAAAGCUCGCACUGUGCAAGUCAAUUGACUUUUUAUCAGUAAAACGUGCAGGACGCAUUGUUGGCUGAACUAGCCUUUUCUAUUGAUGAAUUUUGGUGCUUUAAGAGAAACUUCGCUAUCUACCUUGACUUGUUUCUUGAGUAUUACACAGUUCCUUUAUUAUCUUUUUUUCUUUCUAAUGCUAGAGCGUGUGUGCAGUGUGUGUUUACAUAGUGCCAGGUGGAAGCGCGAUUGCCUAAUGUAAGCCAGUGACAGGAAGUUGCGCCCUUUUGCGAUUUUAAGACAGAAUGCACUUGUAAAACAGCAAAAAAAAAUCUUCCUUUCAACUCUGGUCAUUACUUGGAAAUAACUUCUACUCGUAUUUUAAUUUUCCUUUUGAACUGCCAUGACUUAUCUGCGGCUGGAAGCUCGGCUGAUGUAUUUUCGGUUUGUUUUUCAUCCCUGUAAUUGCUUGUUACGUGAAGUGGGCUGUGGUAAGUGUCAUGUGCUGCGGUCUUUCACAGCCUACAACUAACUUAAUGAUGGUUUCACAUUUCCCAGUCUCGUGCAACACCUUCCAUACCUUCGUGUUGUGCAACUGGCUUGCAGAAGCAGUUGCCAAGUGCCUCUGAAGGUGUGUUUACUGAAAAACAGUGUAUUUUAGUGAGAUCAUUGUCUGUGAGUUUGGGAUGGGAGAAGGAGGGAGAGAAAAACAAAAUUUGUAGGAUUCACUCUACUGUCCCGCUUUUCAUUUUGCACUUACAUAUUACAUUUCCAGCUAUAACAUGGUGUUUGGGCUGGUUAAGUUUCACUUAACCAGUUGGGAAGAGAAAGCUCUCGUGGGAAAAAAAAACGCAAAAAAAUGCAGCGUCAUAGUUGAAGUAGCUUUGUGUACAUACAGAAGUCUAUUGUAAUGCCUGACAGCUUAUGCUUACAAAUAGAGAUAUAUCACGAGAGCCUAUAAAUACCUAUACAUAUAUAUAUUAUCUAUACAUAUAUACAUAUAAAUGGAGAGACUAAGAGCUUUCAGCACUUUUAUCGGUGAAAGCAAGACCCCACGAUGCCUUCCGUUUCUCUUAACUUCUGCGUCAAUGCUUCUUGCCUGAUUUUCCAGUCAGUUUGCUGUGGGUUUUCUGCUUUUUCCUUUGUGCUAUUAUUUGUUCUCGGUGUGUACACUUGGUGUUGAUUUCAUUGUGGCCAUUUCACGCUUGCGACCUUUGUGGUUAGCGCAUUUUAUCUUGGUGUGUGCAUGUGUGUGUGCAUGCGUGUGUGUGUGUUAACGUACAAGAAGGUUCUGUGGGACAAGUUUGAAAGGAAUACCGGCGUUGGUGCUGCGUCCGGAGUGUGUAUAAUUCUUUAAUUUAUGAUAGCGGACUUGACCGGCGCUGGUUGUGCUUCUAAACUCGGCUGGUUUAGAAGAGGACACAAAGAAAACCCUGAACUGUGAUGUAUCGCUACUUGCUGCUACUGCUGUGGACGAAAAUAAAGGACUAUUGUCACGAGUUUGUUGGAGGAAAAAGAA